AUGGCCGUCGGCCGGAGGAAAGUGGCCCCGCUCUGGGCCCUGGCUCUGGCCCUGGCCUGCGCCCAGCUCUCAGGCCAUGCCCAGAGUGGCUCCUCGGAACCCAGCUUCACCUACACUGACCUCCUUGCCACCCCACAGGCGUCCAGCGGUGAUCUCCUCCGGGCAUCGACCGUGGCCUCCCCCCCAAGGACCAUCCCUGUGGUGCCAGCUCCAGACCCCAAGCACAAUGGCCGUGUGUGCAGCACCUGGGGCAACUUCCACUACAAGACCUUCGACGGCGCCGUCUUCCGCUUCCCCGGCCUCUGCAACUACGUGUUCUCCGCACACUGCGGCGAUGCCUACGAGGACUUCAACAUUCAGCUGCGUCGCGGCCUGCACAAUGGCACCACCUCCCCAGGCAGGGUCACCAUGAAGCUGCAGGGCCUGGUGGUCGAGCUGACCAACACUUCUGUCCUGGUCAACAGCCACCCGGUGCAGCUCCCGUUCAGCCAGUCCGGGGUCUUCAUAGAGCGCAGUGAUGACUACCUGAAGGUGGUGGGCAAGCUAGGCCUGGUCUUCAUGUGGAGCCAGGAUGGCAGCCUUCUGCUGGAGCUCGACUCUAAGUUUGCCAACAAGACCUGUGGGCUCUGCGGAGACUUCAACGGCAACCCCACGGCCAGCGAGUUCCUGUCCCACAACGCCAGGCUGAGCCCCAUGGAGUUCGGGAACCUACAGAAAUUUGAUGGCCCCACCGAGCAGUGCCAGGACCCUGCCCCUGAGGGCAGGAGGAACUGCUCCACAAGCCCGGGCGUCUGUGAGGAGCUGCUGAACGGCCCGCUGUUCUCGGGCUGCACGGAGCUGGUGAACGUGAGCAGCUACAUCGAGGCCUGCAGGCAGGACCUGUGCCUGUGCGUCAGCACGGACCCCCAGACCUGCCUCUGCCACACCCUGGCCGAGUACUCCCGCCAGUGCGCCCACGCCGGGGGGCUGCCCCAGGACUGGCGGGGCCCCGACCUCUGCCCUCGCACAUGUCCCCACAACAUGGAGCACCAUGAGUGCCGCUCGCCCUGUGCUGACACCUGCUCCAAUCCUGAGCGCUCCCAGGUCUGCGAGGACCACUGUGUGGCCGGCUGCUUUUGCCCCGAGGGGCUGGUGCUCGAUGACAUCGGCCAGGCUGGCUGUGUCGCUGUGUCCCAGUGCUCAUGCACGUACAAUGGGGCUACCUACGCCCCUGGAGCCAACUACUCCACGGACUGCAGAGAGUGCACCUGCAUGGGAGGCCGCUGGAGCUGUCAGGACGUGCCGUGCCCCGGCACCUGUUCGGUGAUGGGAGGCGCCCACUUCUCCACAUUCGAUGAGCGACAAUACACGGUGCAUGGGGACUGCAGCUAUGUGCUGGCCAAGUCCUGUAACAGCAGUACCUUCAGUGUGUUGGCGGAGCUGCGCAAGUGUGGGCUGACAGACAGCGAGACCUGCCUCAAGAGUGUGACGCUGAGCUUGGGCGGGGGGCACACGGUGGUAGUGAUCAGGGCCAGCGGGGAGGUAUUUGUGAAUCAGAUCUAUACCCAGCUGCCUGUCUCUGCAGCCAACGUCACCAUCUUCAGGCCCUCCACCUUCUUCAUUAUCGCUCACACCAGUCUGGGCCUACAGCUGGACGUGCAGCUUGUGCCCACUAUGCAGGUGUCUGUGCAGCUGGAGCCCGAGUUCCGUGGGCUGACAUGCGGCCUCUGCGGGAACUUCAACAGCGUGCAGGCUGACGACUUCCGGACCAUGAGCGGCGUGGUGGAGGGUACGGCAGCUGCCUUCGUCAACACCUUCAAGACCCAGGCCUCCUGUCCCAACGUCAAGAGCCACUUUGAGGACCCCUGUUCUCUCAGCGUGGAGAAUGAGAAGUUUGCCCAGCACUGGUGCUCGCGGCUGACCGAUGCCAAUGGCACCUUUGCCGAGUGCCACACUGCCGUGAACCCCAGCACCUACCACUCGAACUGCCUCUUCGACACCUGCAACUGCGAGAAGAGCGAGGACUGCAUGUGUGCAGCCCUGGCCUCCUACGUGCACGCCUGCGCGGCCAAGGGCGUGCUGCUGCGCGGCUGGCGGGACGGCGCCUGCACAAAGCAUGUGACUGCCUGCCCCAAGUCCAUGGUUUACCACUACAACAUCAGCGCUUGCCAGCCCACCUGCCGCAGCCGCAGCGAGCCCGACCUCACCUGCAGCAUUAACUUCGUGCCCGUGGACGGCUGCGCCUGCCCCGAGGGCACCUUCUUGGACGAUGCGGGCAAGUGCGUGGAGGCCAGCAGCUGUCCCUGCUACCACAGCGGCUCUGUGGUCCCCAACGGCGAGUCUGUGCACGAUGGUGGGGCCAUCUGCACCUGCACACAGGGGACGCUGACCUGCAUUGGCGGCCGGGUCCCUGCCCCAGUGUGUGAUGCGCCCAUGGUCUUCUUUGACUGCCGCAAUGCCACGUCCGGGGCCACCGGCGCCGGCUGCCAGAAGAGCUGCCACACCCUGGACAUGGACUGUUACAGCUCCCAGUGUGUGUCUGGCUGUGUGUGCCCCGACGGGCUGGUGGCUGACGGCCUUGGCGGCUGCGUUGCUGAGGAGGACUGUCCCUGUGUGCACAAUGAGGCCAGCUACAGGCCUGGAGAGACCAUCUGGACAGGGUGCAACACCUGCACCUGUGAGAACAGGAAGUGGCAGUGCUCGGAUGAACCCUGCCUGGCCACCUGUGCCGUCUACGGGGACGGCCACUACCUGACCUUCGACGGGCGGCGCUACACCUUCAGCGGGGACUGCCAGUACACUCUGUUACAGGACCAGUGUGGGGGCAACAGCAGCGCCCAGGAUGCCUUCCGUGUCGUCACGGAGAACGUGCCCUGUGGCACCACAGGGACCACCUGCUCCAAGGCCAUCAAGAUCUUCCUGGGGAGCUACGAGCUGAAGCUGAGCGAUGGCAAGGUGGAAGUGGAGGCGAAGGGCAAGGGGCAGGAGGCUCCCUACACCAUCCGCCAGAAGGGCAUCUUCCUGGUGGUGGACACGGACCUCGGCCUGGUGCUGCUGUGGGACAGAAAGACCACCCUGUUCCUCCGACUCAGCCCUGAGUUCAAGGGCAGGGUCUGCGGCCUGUGUGGGAACUUUGACGACAACGCAGUCAACGACUUCACCACACGGAGCCAGUCCGUGGUGGGCGAUGCCCUGGAGUUCGGGAACAGCUGGAAGUCCUCGCCGUCCUGCCCGGACGCCCAGGCGACCCGGGAUGCCUGCACUGCCAACCCCUACCGCAAGUCCUGGGCCCAGAAGCAAUGCAGCAUCCUCAACAGUGCCACCUUCGCCGCCUGCCAUGCCCACGUGGAGCCUGGCGAGUACUACGAGGCCUGCGUGCAGGACGCCUGCGCCUGUGACUCGGGGGGUGACUGUGAGUGCUUCUGCACCGCCGUGGCCGCCUACGCCCAGGCCUGCCAUGAGGUGGGCGUGUGCGUGUCCUGGAGGAGCCCGGAUGUCUGCCCGCUGUUCUGUGAUUUCUACAACCCCGAGGGCCACUGUGAGUGGCACUACCAGCCAUGCGGGGCGCCCUGCAUGCGCACAUGCCAGAACCCCAACGGAGAGUGCCUGCACAGCGUGGCCGGUUUGGAAGGCUGCUACCCCAAGUGCCCAUCGACGGCACCCAUCUUUGAUGAGGAUGAAAUGAAGUGUGUGAGCACGUGCCCACCCAAACCCUCUGUACCACGCUGCCAUGUCCAUGGGAAGUCAUACCGGCCAGGUGCAACGGUACCCUCGGAUGAGAACUGUCACUCCUGUGUCUGCACCGAGAACGGCGUGCGCUGCUCCUACGACAGCAAGGCCUGCGUCUGCACCUACAGCGGGCAGCAGUAUCAGCCAGGGAGCAUCAUCUACGACACGACCGAUGGCGUGGGCGGCUGCAUAACGGCCCGCUGUGAGGGCAACGGCACCAUCCACAGGACCACCUCCGCCUGCAGCCCCACCACGGCCGCGUCCUCGACCCCCUUCGCCUUCUCCACGGCUCCGCCGGCGGUGAGCUCCGCUCCUGUCCUCAGCACCAGACACAUCCCAAGCGGCCCCGUGUCUACCGCCAUGAGCAAGUCUCCCAGGACAGUGCCUACGACUGUCCCCGUGACCGCCCCCACAGCCUGCGGGGAGCAGUGCCUGUGGUCCCCCUGGUUGGACGUCAGCCGACCCGGACGGGGCAAUGACAGUGGUGAUUAUGAUACGCUGGACAACCUGCGUGCCCACGGCUACCGCAUUUGCCAGGCACCGAGGGAGGUGGAGUGCCGGGCCGAGGACGCACCUGGCGUGCCUCUGUCCAUCCUGGGCCAGCGCGUACAGUGCAGCCCAGAUGUUGGGCUGAGCUGCCACAACAGGGAGCAGGCGUCCGGUCAGUGCCGCAACUACCAGAUCAGGGUGCAGUGCUGCUCUCCACGGGACUGCCAGGAGCCUGGUCCAGCCACGCAACCCACCACCUCCAGCACAGCCCAGACGGGUGGUUCUCCUGCCCCUGGAAUCACAAGGCGAACCACAGUUACCGCGGCUAGCGCCACAACAGCGCCAAGCACCACCCACGCGCUCAGCCCGAGGUCGGGGAAGAACACAGCCCGGACAACGUCCUCUGCGACCAGCCACACCCAAGAGACCUCUGCAGGCACCCACGAGCCGACGCCCUCUGAGCCCAGCCGAGUGUCCUGCGUGCGGGAGAUCUGCAACUGGACACAGUGGAUUGAUGGCAGCUACCCAGUGUACGGCGAAAACGGCGGAGACUUCGACACUUUUCAGAACCUGAGAGCCAAGGGUUACAAGUUCUGCAAAACGCCUUCGAACGUGCAGUGCAGGGCCGCGUUCUUCCCCAACACGCCCCUGGAUGAACUGGAACAGGUGGUGACCUGCAACAGAGAAAUCGGGCUCCUGUGCCUGAACAAGGACCAACUGCCACCCAUCUGCUACAACUACGAGAUCCGUAUUCAGUGCUGUGACAUCGUGGAUGAUUGCCGGGGAGAAAGCACGGUUCACACGGAGACCGAGAGCAGCACUGCCACACCCACAACCAGGACCAGAGGCAUGCCCUCACCCACACAGCGGAAGCAGAACCACCACUACAGGGACAGCAAGAUCAACCUCCACGACCAGCACAGAGACAACCUCAGAGCCGAGGAGCACCCAUACCUCCACUUCAAGAACCACCACAACCUCAACAGCGACAACAAGUUCAACCACUGUAGCCACGGAGGUGACAGGGAGACCUACGACAACAUCCUCAGCCACGGUGAGAAGAUCUGCCAACAACCAGAGCACAUCCGGUCUGUCGAAUGCAGGGCCGAGAGCUACCAUGAUGUGAGCAUUGAGCGCCUGGGCCAGGUGGUGCGCUGUGACCCAGAUGUGGGCCUGGUGUGCCACAACCGCGACCAGGAAGGAGCUGGUGGCAUGUGUCUCAACUAUGAAGUGCGUGUGCUGUGCUGCGAGAUGCCACAGAACUGCCCUCCUACCACCACCCCAGAGCCGACCACCACCACCACAUCCACUCACUCCCAAACCACAAGCUCUAAGUGCCAGCCACAAUGCUCAUGGACCAAGUGGUUUGAUGUGGACUUCCCGACCCCAGGUAGCCACGGAGGUGACAGGGAGACCUACGACAACAUCCUCAGCCACGGUGAGAAGAUCUGCCAACAACCAGAGCACAUCCGGUCUGUCGAAUGCAGGGCCGAGAGCUACCAUGAUGUGAGCAUUGAGCGCCUGGGCCAGGUGGUGCGCUGUGACCCAGAUGUGGGCCUGGUGUGCCACAACCGCGACCAGGAAGGAGCUGGUGGCAUGUGUCUCAACUAUGAAGUGCGUGUGCUGUGCUGCGAGAUGCCACAGAACUGCCCUCCUACCACCACCCCAGAGCCGACCACCACCAGUACCACCCACCGCACCUCAUCUGUGGGGACAGGCACAUCUCCCUCCAUGUCCCACACAGAAACAACCUCUAAGCCUAGCACCACACACACCACCAUGUCAGGAACCAGUAGCCACGGAGGUGACAGGGAGACCUACGACAACAUCCUCAGCCACGGUGAGAAGAUCUGCCAACAACCAGAGCACAUCCGGUCUGUCGAAUGCAGGGCCGAGAGCUACCAUGAUGUGAGCAUUGAGCGCCUGGGCCAGGUGGUGCGCUGUGACCCAGAUGUGGGCCUGGUGUGCCACAACCGCGACCAGGAAGGAGCUGGUGGCAUGUGUCUCAACUAUGAAGUGCGUGUGCUGUGCUGCGAGAUGCCACAGAACUGCCCUCCUACCACCACCCCAGAGCCGACCACCACCAGAACAACCUCCGUGUCCCACACAGAGACAACCUCAGCGCUUAGGACCACCCAUGCCUCCACAGCAGGAACCACCACAACGUCUCUUCCUGUAACCAGCUCAACCCAUGCCUCUACAGCCACAUCCACUCACUCCCAAACCACAAGCUCUAAGUGCCAGCCACAAUGCUCAUGGACCAAGUGGUUUGAUGUGGACUUCCCGACCCCAGGUAGCCACGGAGGUGACAGGGAGACCUACGACAACAUCCUCAGCCACGGUGAGAAGAUCUGCCAACAACCAGAGCACAUCCGGUCUGUCGAAUGCAGGGCCGAGAGCUACCAUGAUGUGAGCAUUGAGCGCCUGGGCCAGGUGGUGCGCUGUGACCCAGAUGUGGGCCUGGUGUGCCACAACCGCGACCAGGAAGGAGCUGGUGGCAUGUGUCUCAACUAUGAAGUGCGUGUGCUGUGCUGCGAGAUGCCACAGAACUGCCCUCCUACCACCACCCCAGAGCCGACCACCACCAGUACCACCCACCGCACCUCAUCUGUGGGGACAGGCACAUCUCCCUCCAUGUCCCACACAGAAACAACCUCUAAGCCUAGCACCACACACACCACCAUGUCAGGAACCAGAACAACCUCCGUGUCCCACACAGAGACAACCUCAGCGCUUAGGACCACCCAUGCCUCCACAGCAGGAACCACCACAACGUCUCUUCCUGUAACCAGCUCAACCCAUGCCUCUACAGCCACAUCCACUCACUCCCAAACCACAAGCUCUAAGUGCCAGCCACAAUGCUCAUGGACCAAGUGGUUUGAUGUGGACUUCCCGACCCCAGGUAGCCACGGAGGUGACAGGGAGACCUACGACAACAUCCUCAGCCACGGUGAGAAGAUCUGCCAACAACCAGAGCACAUCCGGUCUGUCGAAUGCAGGGCCGAGAGCUACCAUGAUGUGAGCAUUGAGCGCCUGGGCCAGGUGGUGCGCUGUGACCCAGAUGUGGGCCUGGUGUGCCACAACCGCGACCAGGAAGGAGCUGGUGGCAUGUGUCUCAACUAUGAAGUGCGUGUGCUGUGCUGCGAGAUGCCACAGAACUGCCCUCCUACCACCACCCCAGAGCCGACCACCACCAGUACCACCCACCGCACCUCAUCUGUGGGGACAGGCACAUCUCCCUCCAUGUCCCACACAGAAACAACCUCUAAGCCUAGUAGCCACGGAGGUGACAGGGAGACCUACGACAACAUCCUCAGCCACGGUGAGAAGAUCUGCCAACAACCAGAGCACAUCCGGUCUGUCGAAUGCAGGGCCGAGAGCUACCAUGAUGUCAGCAUUGAGCGCCUGGGCCAGGUGGUGCGCUGUGACCCAGAUGUGGGCCUGGUGUGCCACAACCGCGACCAGGAAGGAGCUGGUGGCAUGUGUCUCAACUAUGAAGUGCGUGUGCUGUGCUGCGAGAUGCCACAGAACUGCCCUCCUACCACCACCCCAGAGCCGACCACCACCAGUAGCCACGGAGGUGACAGGGAGACCUACGACAACAUCCUCAGCCACGGUGAGAAGAUCUGCCAACGGCCAGAAUACAUCGUACAGCUCGAAUGCAGGGCCGAGAGCUACCAUGAUGUGAGCAUUGAGCGCCUGGGCCAGGUGGUGCGCUGUGACCCCGAUGUGGGCCUGGUGUGCCACAACCGUGACCAGGAGGGAGCUGGUGGCAUGUGUCUCAACUAUGAAGGGUCUGUCAUCUACUCCCAUAAGGACCUGGAUGGCCACUGCUACUCCGCCUACUGCAGUCAAGACUGCCAGGUGAACAGAACAGUGGACCAGCAGUGUCCUCCCACCACAUCACCUGCCACCACUACUGUGUCCUCGUCCACACCCACCUCUGAACCUCCCCCCGGCUGCCAUAACACUAUUCCCCCAAGAAAGAAAGGCGAGAUCUGGCAAAUGCCCAACUGCUCCCAGGCCAAAUGCAACGGCCACAACUCAGUCUCCGUGUACCCGCGUCAGUGUCCAGAUGUGGCGGAGCCCACGUGUGCCAAUGGCUACCCGCCCCUGAAGGUGCCCAAUGAUGACGGCUGCUGCUACCACUACCAGUGCCAGUGUGUGUGCUCUGGCUGGGGCGACCCCCACUACCUCACCUUCGACGGCACCUACUACACCUUCCUGGACAACUGCACCUACGUGCUGAUGCAGCAGAUCACGCCUGUGUUUGGCCACCUGCGCGUGCUCAUCGACAACUACUACUGCGAUGAUGCUGGGAACGCCUUCUCCUGCCCGCGGUCCAUCACCCUCGAGUACCAGGACGCCCGUGUGGUGCUCACCCGCAGGCCUGUCAACGGGGUCAUGACCAACCAGGUCAUCUUCAACGGCAAGGUGGUCAGCCCCAGCUUCCAGCGGGACGGCAUUGUCAUCACACGCGUUGGCAUCAAGAUGUACGCGACCAUCCCGAAGCUCGGCGUGCAGGUCAUGUUCACCGGCCUCAUCUUCUCGGUGCAGGUGCCCUACAGCACGUUCGCCAACAACACCGAGGGCCAAUGUGGCACUUGUACCAAUAACAAGGAGGAUGAAUGCCGCUUGCCCGGGGGCAAGGUGAACGCCACCUGCUCCUCCAUGGCCCACCACUGGAGGGUGCCUGACCAGUCCUGCCCCGUGCCUCCGGUGACACCCACAGCUGUAAGCACCACAGCACACCCCUGCCCGAAGUCGCCGAUCUGCGAGCUCCUCUUCACCAGGGUCUUCGAGUCUUGCCACUCCACCAUCCCCCCGAUGCCCUUCUACGAGGGCUGUGUCUUCGACCACUGCCACGUGAGCCAGCCAGACGUGGUGUGCUCCAGCCUGGAGCUCUACGCCUCGCUCUGUGCCUCCUACGACAUCUGUGUCGACUGGAGAAGCCAUACCAAUGGCACUUGCCCGUUCACCUGCCCUGCCGACAAGGUAUACCAGGCCUGCGGCCCAGCCAACCCACCCUACUGCUACGGAAACGACAGUGCUAUCCUCCUGACCCUGCCUGAGGCCGGCCCCAUCACCGAGGGCUGCUUCUGUCCCGAGAGCAUGACGCUCUUCAGCACCGACCUGGAGCUCUGCGUGCCCUCGGACUGCUCCAGGUGCCUGAGCCCCUCUGGAGAGCCAAUGGAGCCGGGCGACACCAUCACCAACGGCUGCCACGAGUGCACCUGCGACAGCAGCUCUCUGUCCCUGAGCUGCCAGCCAGUCUCCUGCCCGUCGGCCCCUCUCUGCAAACAGCCUGGCUUCGUGGCAAUGCCCAUGGCCGCAGAGCCCGGGACCUGCUGUCCCUCUUACAACUGCUCCUGCGACCCCAGCUACUGUCCGGAGCCCAUGGACUGUCCCGCGGGCUCCCUCCGGAUGCACAAUUACGAGGACCCGAGCUGCUGCCCGAGCUACUGGUGCAGGUGGCACAGUUGCAGCAUCAACGGGACCCUGUACGAGCCCAGCUCGCUGGUCCCCUCUGCUCCAUGCAAAACAUGCAGGUGUGAGGUGUCCCAAGGCCCUGGUGAGUUCAGCACGUUCUGGGUCAACUGCGAGGAACCUAAAUGCCCCACAGAAUGCCUGCUGGGCUUUGAGUACCGGAAACCGGAAGGGCAGUGCUGUGGGGAGUGUGUACAGGUGUACUGCACGGUCAGCGUCAACAACAGCUCCACCCUCCUCUACCACCCCGGGGAGUCCUGGCCGGACCCCAAGGAUGCCUGUGUGAGCUACCAGUGUGAGCAGCAGCUGGACAAGCUGGUGGUGGUGACCAUAAAGGAGUCCUGUCCCCCGCUCAGCUGCCCCUAUGACCAGGCUUUGCUAAGCAAGGAUGGCUGCUGCCACUACUGCCCCCCACCUCCCUCUCAAAACAUGUCCACCUGCACCCUGCACCAUGAGCACCAGGUCAUCCAGCAUGAGGGCUGCAACUCCUCGGAGCCCGUGCAACUGGCCUACUGCCGGGGCAACUGCGGGGACAGCAGCUCCAAGUACUCCCUGGCAGCCAGCAUGGUGGAGCACCAGUGUAGCUGCUGCCAGGAGCUGCGAACCUCGCCCAGGACGGUGACCUUGCACUGUGCGGAUGGUGCCAGCCGCAACUUCACCUACACCGAGGUGGAGGAGUGUGGCUGCCACAGCCAGCAGUGCCCUUCACCUGCCGACAGCAGCCACUUGGAUUCAUCCGGGUCAGCCCAGUGGUCACUCAGGCCUGGCCACUAACUUGCAGGACACA